UCAGUUUAAAUUUGUCACCGUAAUGGCGGUUAUGUAAAUUAUAAAUUUUAUACUUCUUGUGUUUGUAAAGGCUUUGUGAAAAUGAAAUCACUGUGGAAUAAUUAUGAUUGAAAUGAUUGACAUAACACAACGUCAACAGCCAUUUCAGAGUACAGAUAGACAGUGAUUUCAAAAUAAACAGAAAUUUCAAAAUAAAAAAGACAUAAACAUGGCUGCUGGAGGUUUAUCAUUAUACAAAGGAUCUGACCUGAUUCAUGACUACAGCUGUUCCACCUGUGAGGAAAAUGACCUAAACGCUGAAGCCCAGCACUUCUGCACACAGUGUGAACACUAUCUGUGUGAUAAGUGUGUGGGGAUACAUGGGGAUUAUUUCAAGAAGCAUGUUGUAUAUGGGCGUAAAGACAUUCAGAAAUGGGCGGGAUUCUCCAUGGACAGAUGUGCCCAACAUGGCAACAAGCUCGAUGUCCACUGUGAUGACCACCAGGAAUUAUGCUGCAGUAUCUGUGUGGCCCUUAACCACAGGAUAUGUAGCAGUAUCAGUCACUUGCCUGACCUGGCCAGAGGCUUCCUGGAAACAGCAGAGUUCAAGCAGCUGCCAGCAGUAGUUGACAAGAUGAGGAGUAGGCUGGAUGAGCUCAAGAAUGUCAGGACGAAAGAUCAAGAUUAUUUUAUUGACUCCUACAAGAAUAUCAUUGCUGAAGUCAAGGCUCUGCGUAAAAACAUUAAUACAAUCUUGGACCAGCUUGAGAGAAAGACAGUUGAACAGUUGGACAGGAUGAUGAAAGAUUUAGAGAAGUCCAUAAAAGAUGAUUUAGAAACUUGUGCCCAAAUGGAUCACCAACUGAAGACCAUGCUUGAGAAGCUCCAGCAGAUCACUGGCAAGAACAAGGAGACCAGUUCUUACAUUGGAUACAUAAAAUGUCAGUCUAAAUUGAGUGAAGCCACGUGUUUCGUGCAAGAAAUACGACAGAAUGACGGAAUGAAGUUCAAGUCAGAUGAAAGUGUUGUUCCAUUUCUUAGAAACCUGAAAAACCUUGGCGACAUCAAACAAGUUCAGGUGUACAAGACUCAGAGUUCCGCUCAAUAUAGUAUUAAAAUAAAGGAGGAUAACGAUGUCUGCGAUAUUGUAGGUAUAUGUGAGUUGCCGGGUGGUGAGGUGGUUAUUGCAGACCUUGCCAACUAUAGAGUGAAGCUUCUGAACAAGACGUACCGUGUCACUUAUCACUAUAAUCUUCCAGAUGUUAUUUUACACUUGUGUCACAUAACAGACAAUGAUGUAGCUGUAGCUGUUGGCACUGAGGUCCAUUUUCUCACAUUGACAAGAGGUAAGCUACAGGCAGUGAGAAAGUUCACCACAAAAGAUGAUUCCUGGUCCGUUGCCCACCAUCAGGGUCAGCUGUUUGUUAGCACCUAUAAUGCCAUUAACCUUUACACAAUAAAAGGAAAAUUCGUAAAGAAGAUCUAUGAAAUCUAUUGUGAUAACUUUCAAGUGAUCAGAUGUGCUGUCUGUAUUGAUGGGGAGAGAAUUUAUGUAACACAACCAGAUGGUUCUAAAUUAAUAACACUUGAUAAAACUGGUCAGGUGAUUUCAACAUUAGAAGAUGCUGACCUAACAGAUUCAAUUGGACUAUGUGUCAGCCCGAGUGGCCAUGUGUUUGUGUGUGGGUGGGAGUCUGGAACUGUGUUACAGGUAGACCAGGAGGGGAGACAGAAGUUGGCCACAACGGCCAGGAAGGCUGAUGGGGUGUGUCAGCCUCGGUCAGUGUGGUUCAGUGAACAAAACUCCACCCUCUUGGUUGGAAAUGAGAGUGACACUAUAACUGUUUUAAAGUUGUGUUGAAUUGGACCCUGGUAUGCAAAAUAAUAUGCCUAUCUUAACCUCAAUUGUAAAGUUUAGCGAGGAUGGCUUUAGUUUCGUUAUUGUAUAUAGACAUAUUUCAUACCAAGAUUUUCUAAAGAAAACUGAGAUGAGUGCGGACAAGCAAAUGGGUUUAGCGUGCAGUUGGGUGCGAACAAUAUGGCCAUGCAUGAGGCGAUUUUGAAAUAACUUUGAACAUAUGUGUUCAAUGGCAAAACAAGGUGUCUCUUCCAAGACCCAUGUCUUAGUUUAUCGGACAAGGUUACAUUUAAGGGUCUCUGGUCAAGCUUCCUUGUUAUAAGGCUAGACCAGGUUGUAACUUGGUCAUGUAUUGAGAUAUCAAAAAAUAUUUUCUUGAAUAUAUCUUAAUGCAAAAUGACAUGUCAAAUAAUUUCGUUAUUUAUAUUUAGCAAGCUGCAGAUAUUCAGACUAUAAUACAAACUUCUAUAUAAUACUAUUCAAUUGUAUACAAAGACGCUUAAUAGUGUUAUGGAAUUCUAUUGAUUGAUAUCCAUUCGAAAUGUGUGUACAGUAUGACUGCAACGUUGUCAUAUCAAAUGACAUGAACUAAGCACAAAUAUCAUAUGCAUGAAUGAGAAAAUAAAGACGUAUCCUUGUCCGUCUGAAUGCCUUAACGUCCCUUGUUCAAUUUGCUAAAUUUUUUCUGACAAUGCAAAUUGAAUACCUGGAUUUCAUUGAAUUACAGCGUAUCUUGUCUUUUAUGUUGAUACAUUUUAAUAUUUUGUAACUAUUUAUAUUAUUUCUUGUAUGCUCUGCCUAUUCCUAUUAAAACGGCAGAGGAUAAUUUAUUCCUUUUUUUUGCAUAUAUAGCAAAGGAAACAGUAGGAAACAGGUUUAAAAACUAAAAUAUGACAAGUUUGAUUAUGAUGAACCAAGAACAAUUUUUUUGAGAAAAAAUAUGAAAAUGUGAUUAGGAUGAAACAAGCAGAAACAUGUUUAAGGAAUAAGAUAUGACAAGUGGAAAAUGUUUUAGAACUGUUAGAUGAAAUGUUUGAGAAAUGAAGAAACAAGGGGAAGUUUUUUAAAAGAUCAGAAGUUUGAUCAUGAUGAAGUCAAAAGAAAAAUGUUUUAGAAAUGAAAGAUGGAACGCUGAGAAAAGAGGAAACAAGGGGAAACAUGUUUGACAAAUGACAGAUGAGAAGUUGUAGAAUUGAGGAAACAAGGGAAAAUAUGUUGAGAAAUGAAAGAUGAGAAGUUUGAGAAAAGAGGAAACAAGGGGAAACAUGUUUGAGAAAUGACAGAUGAGAAGUUAAAGAAAUGAGAAAACAAGGGGAAAUAUGUUGAGGAAUGAAAGGUGAGAAGUUUGAGAAAUUAGGAAACAAGGGGAAACAUGUUUGAGAAAUGACAGAUGAGAAGUUAAAGAAAUGAGGAAACAAGGGGAUACAUGUUUGAGAAAUGAAAGAUGAAAAGUUUGAGAAAUGAGGAAACAAGGGGAAACAUGUUUGAAAAAUGAGUAAACAUAUUUGAAAAUUGAAAGGUAUAGAACUUAUAUUGAGGUAAAACAACCAGCAGCCUUAAUUGUUCUAGCAUUUACACAGCAUACUUUUUAAGCAGUUUCAAUUAAAUGGUGCAAUGUUUUUUUAAUUUUUGGAUAUACUUUCUGUUAUAUUUUGUUUUAUUCAAAUAAUGCGUGUCAAAUGAUUUUGCAUUCAAAUUGAUAUCUUGCUGUUUUUAAACUUUUCACGUAUAUAUUCACACAUAACAAAAUUGUUUCGUUUUUAGAUGUUGCAGAGUUUGUUUUUCAUAUUUUAUGUUUCACAUGUUGCUUUCAUUGUUCUUAUUGAACAAGUAGGUGUAUAUAGUCUAAAAUCAGUCUUCAAUCAUCCUGUAACCGUUGUUUCUAAAAUCAGUCUUCAAUCAUCCUGAUUCUGCUGUUUAACUUCUUCCAAAUCACUUGAAUUUCUCCUAUUAAUCUUAAGAUUCUUCAGCUUACUGCUGGGUAUAUAAUGGCACUUUAUAAUUUCAGAUUGUAUUAGGUUAUUAUACAAUAUGAUCAGCGAGAUUCUUAACUUAAGAAAUUGGCUUAUGAAAAGGAAAGACUCAGAUGUUUUAUUAAUACCAACCCUGGUCCACAGCCCAAAGAAGUCAUAUGCCGGUUUCACCAAUGGAGCCAUUUUCCUAUUUAUUAUGUAUUUCAAACAAAUUUUAGACGAAUAUUCAGGCUUUAAAUAUGUGAGCACAUUAUUAAAUAUUUCUAGUUUAAAAGUGUUUACUUAACGUUUUUAACUUUUAAGAAAGUUUUGAAUAAUCGGCCAAAGGUGUCUUAUAUGUGAAUUUAUUCGGAGCUCCUCGGUCAUUUUUAUCGAAAGCAUCCUCGGACGUAUGCCGGUACAUCAGUAAAAGUAGUUCGUAAAAUUAUACCAUAAAUUAUUAAAUGUAGUUUUUAAGCUUGUAUUUGGUGAUCUAAGAUUGAAUUGAUUGCCAGUGAAUUUUAUUAUUGCAAACAUAAUUAAGAUUUCCAAGAGUCAAGUUAGUAAUUUCAACAGCUAAAUUAAAUUACUACGCGAUCUGCUUGCAGCGGAUUUCUGACAUUGUAAACCAUCCAUAUACAUCUCAGGUUGUUUUCGAUAAAAAUGGCCGAUGUGUUCGGAAUGAUGUGAAUUGUUAAACAACGUGCCAAGCUUUCUUCUGAUUUAAAUAAAAUAACUUCUUCUUAAA